AUGUCCUCUCCCACUAUCUACGCAAUCACUGGUGCCAACAAGGGCAUCGGGCGCGCCAUAGUCGCACUCCUCCUCACCCGUCCCUCGACUACCAUCCUCGCCCUCGUCCGCAACCCGACCGACCCUACCUCCAGCAGCCUGACCACCCUCGACAAGUCGACCGGCAGCACCAUCCACGUCCUCCCCUUCGAGGCCGAAGCAGACGCCAUCCCACUCCCCUCCGACGUCACCCACAUCGACAUGGUCGUCGCCAACGCCGGCGCCUCUUCCGGCUACAAGCCCGUCCUCGCAACCGGCCCGGAGGACCUCGUCUUCGACUUUACCGUGAAUGCUGUCGGGCCGCUAAGGCUCUUCAAGGCCGCCUGGCCGCUACUGCAGAAGGCCGCCUCGCCCAGGUUCGUCCUCAUGACGAGCUCCGUGGGCAGCAUCGCCGGUCAGCAGCAGGAGAGCUUCCCCAGCACCGCGUACGGCAUGUCCAAGGCCGCCGCCAACUGGCUGGUGGUCAAGAUUGGCGUUGAGCACGGACCGGAGGGGUUGAGCGUCAUGGCAUUGCAUCCUGGCUGGGUCAAAACUCAAAUGGGCCAAGGCAUCGCCGACUCGAUCGGCUUUCCGGAGCCCCCUAUGACCACCGAAGACAGCGCUCGCGCCUGCGUCGAGCAGAUGGACAAGCUGGAAAGGGCUAGCUCGGGAAGGUAUGUAACAUACACUGGCGAAGUUUUGCCUUGGUGA